CCAGCAAACUGCAUUUGUUUUUUUUUAGCGGACAGAGAAGUUCUCAGCAGAGCAGACAGGCGAACGAGCCCAAGCCCGAUUCCUACUCGGCGGGAGCGGGUGGAAGCGCCGGCGAUGGCGACCCCGGCGAAGGAGGAGGCGGCGGCAGGGAAGAGAGACGAGCUCGCCGACUCGCUGUCCGAGCUCUUCACCAACGUCUCCCUCAUGGUCCGCGGCGAGCUCCAGGGAACCAACAACCAGCUCUCGCUGCUUGAAAAGAUGAAUCAACGUGUGACCGAGGAAUACAGCAAUUAUGGAGACGUUGUGUCCGGUCUGCGAGUUUUUGUAGAACAACUGAAUGAGAAAAACCAACGAUUUGACGAGUAUACAACGCAGAUCGACGCGAUAGACCAGCAGGUGAGUGAGUUUGAGGCAGUGGUGUCCAUGCUUGAUAAGCAUGUCUCCAUGUUGGAGAAGAAAGUGAAGUCCGCAUAUCACAUUGCUCCCACGCAAUGAUUCAUGUCCAAGCAUCCCAUCAUGUCCUGUUCUCUUCACAAUAAUCGAGCAUAUAUGUAUCUAGUAGCUAAACACGUUUGGAUGGGGAAAGUUACACUCUGGCCCUAAUGUUUCCACCAUUGCUGUACUUUCAGUCUUGUGGUGCAACUGCAUAGACGAGUUGCGGUGUUCCUUC